AUGUCUGCGCCUUUGGGGAGCGCGGACGUCGGCGACCGUCGCUGGCAGGCGCGGUGGCGCACCGUGUCCUCCUACUUCUCAGCGCCGUGUCUGCACGUAUCGCUCGCGACGGGAGGUGCCGGCGGCGCUGCGAUCUUUGCCGUGCGCUUCCUCUCGUCGCGGCAGCUGCCGGCCUCGCUCACCUGGGGCGCCGCCGUCGCCGGGCUGCUGGCGGGCACAAACUGGGCUGUCUGCCGCCGCGCCAUGUACGUCAUGCUCAAAGAGAAAUCAGCGGCGCAACCCCUCGGUGCGAGCGGAAUGUCUGAGGAGGACGCGGCGGCCCUUCGGGCAGCACUAGGAAGAUAG